AUGAAGUUUUGCAGUGAUAUGACGGAGCACAUAUCAAGUCGACCUUUUCCAAAAUCUGAUAUUGUCAUCUUGCGAACAAGACGUCGUAAUUAUCCCAUAAAAAUAGAAAAUUUUGCCAAUUGCUCAGAUAAAAUAGCACUGUUGGUGAAACGUGGACAAGUUCCAGCGGCAAUUGACUUGUCGUGUUAUAACAUUGGAGCUGUUCGCACACUGACGGAUUUCGUUGCUGGAGUGGAUCGGCGUAAUUUACGACUAGGAGAUAACAUUUUAAAGGAUUUGCUGCAGUUAGCACGUAUUUUUCGUAUGCAGGAAUUUACCACUUUGAUCGUUGAACACAUUGUCGACAAAGUUGAAAAAGGACCUGCGUCAAAUCUUCUGCUAGCUCUGAAUCUCAUAUCCUCUGACUGGAGCAUGUUUUUGCACUUCAAUGAAGCAUCAGCACUUGUGGAAUCAGCCGUGGAGAAUAUUUGUGAAGUUACUUUGUCUACAUUUUUUUACAGUCUGCCUGCUGCAGUACUUGCGAUACUAUACAACAGAUGUGAUGUGGGUAUAUCAUCAGAAAUUGAACUGUGUCUACGUUUCAUCCGUUGGCUGAAGAAAGCAGCUCGUACGAAUGAUGACGCUGAAGUACUUUUCUCUUGCGUGCGCUCGGCAUUUCUAAGCUCAAAAGAUCGUGAAAUUAUAAAAGACAAGUAUAUUGGACUGCCCAAAAUUAUGGCAAUCUUGAUUGAGCAAACAUUGGACUCACCACGUAAUCAUCGCUGUUGUGUUAUACGUGAUCAUAUUGAGCGUCAUUAUCCACGUUGUGGAAUUCCUGAGAGCAACAGAUAUUUCAAAAUUAAUCUUAUUGACAUCAUAUAUAAGCCAUUACAAAAAUUAAAUAACAAGUAG